GUUACAAUGGAGGUUGCUAGUGAUCUGUUGGAGAGGCAGGGAUCAAUAUACAGAGAAGAUACAACUGGUUUUGUUAGUCAAUCUGGUGAAACUGCAGAUACGUUACAUGCAUUAGAGUAUGCAUUAGAAAAUGGUGCAUUAUGUGUUGGCAUUACAAAUACUGUUGGUAGUGCAAUUGCCAGGAACACACACUGUGGUGUCCAUAUAAAUGCUGGUGCUGAGAUUGGUGUGGCUAGUACCAAGUCAGAGAGGUGCUGAAGCUUGACCAGGAAAUGAAGGAUCUUGCGAAACUAUUGAUUGCUGAGCAGUCAUUGCUUGUGUUUGGGAGAGGAUACAACUAUGCAACGGCUCUUGAAGGGGCCUUGAAAGUGAAGGAGGUGGCACUUAUGCACAGUGAAAGUAUACUUGCUGGUAAAAUGAAACAUGGUCCUCUAGC